GGCAGUGAGGGGCGGGGCAAGGGGAAGAAGAGAGUUUCGGGAAGAGGGAACGGCAGCGCGGUUGCUGUCGUGAUGUUUCCGUCGUCCGAAUAAGGGGGUGCUGGCUGCAGGAGGAAGAAGAAAAGAGAACCUCCCUGGACAGGCGACGAGCGCGAGUCUGACUUGCUGAAGAUGAAAGGAUGAACUCUAACUGACAUCAUCCCAAAGCUCUGUUCUCCCGUCUCCCCUGACCGGUCCAAAUGGCAGCUGGGCCGGGUAAUUCAGCUGGGCCGUCUGGUCUUCCUCCCACCCUGCCCGAUCCAGGAGUAGCAGUGUGGGAGUGGCAGGACGAACUGGGCUGGUGGAGGCCGUACCGGAGCAGCGUGUGCAGCUUCAUCGAGCAGUCUUUCCAGGCCCUGCUGAUGAAAGGUCGGCGGCUGUCGGGGACCUGGCCCGUCAACGGCAGCAUCUCCUUGGGACACGUCGACGCCUCCUUGGCCCCAUACAUCAUCGACAUUCAGAGCCUGACGCAAUUCCGGCAGGAUACAGGGACCAUGCGGGCCGUGCGUCGGCAUGUCUUCCAGAUGGACUCGGCGGCCGGGCAGGGCGUUGUCUGGGAGUGGCAGAACGACGAAGGAGACUGGUUCCCAUACGAGAUGAACGUCUGCGUCUACUUGGAGCAAGUCUUCACAGUCAACUGUCCCCUUGUGGAUCUCGGGCCCUUCGGUUACAACUACACUGUCGACUUUGUGACUCAGACCCAGAGCAACAAGACCACCAGCUACCAGCGUAGGAUCCGGAGGCGCGUAGACUCGCCGUAUCCAGUAGCCACGACCACGGGGCCUGCUCACGCAGGGCCCACCUGUUCAUGCCAGCAGUGCCUGUCGAAUAGCGGGUCGGGACCCAUCACCACACGAUAUCGGCAUUCCAUGGUAAACCUUCCUGGGUCUUCAGCUGGAAUGCAGGCGGCCGGCAGGACUGCUGGGUUGGGGGCUUCUCUCCCCGGCUUCCUGCCUUACAACAAACCAGUCAUGUCCGGAGCGAGGUCAAUGCCGAGGCUGAACGCAUACAGCACCGGGGCAGCACUGCAGCCAGCGGCGGUUGGCGGGCCAAGCCCAGGGCAGGUUGUCACCUCCAAAGGAGCGAGUGUUCCAAAACUACCUGUGAAUGUGACCAGACCCAGCAAACUGAGCCAAGCUCUCGCAGGCAUGAUGGCCUUUCUGAUGUCAGUCCCCGGACUUCCUGUGCACCUCACCCCGGUUCCUCAGCCCGCCAGCUCCCAUAGAGCCUCUAAAAAACGCCACUCAGUUAAGGAGGGGAGGAAAACGCCCACCAAAGGUGCCUCCAGCAGCCCUGAAGAGGUGGUGAAAAGGUACUUGGAGGAGCUGAGGGCGCCCCCUGCUGAUGAGGACUGCAUCAUCUGCAUGGAAAAACUGGCCGCGCCUUCGGGCUACAGUGACGUGAGCCACAGCAAGGCAACCAAGCCCGAGAGCGUGGGGAGACUCACCAAGUGUGGCCAUGCCUUCCACCUGCUUUGCCUGCUAGCCAUGUACACCAGUGGGAACAAGGAUGGCAGCCUUCAGUGCCCAUCGUGCAAGGCCAUCUACGGCGAGAAGACGGGCACUCAACCCAGCGGGAGGAUGGACGUUUCCAGGCUCCCAGACUCCCUCCCAGGCCACGAGGGCUGUGGUUCCAUACAGAUCGCGUACUACAUCAGCAAAGGCAUUCAGGGCCCGGAGCAUCCUAACCCAGGCAUGCCCUACACAGCAAGGGGCUUCCCACGUUACUGCUACCUGCCUGAUAACGCAAAUGGGAGAAAGGUGCUGGAGCUCCUCAGAGUGGCUUGGAAGAGGCGUUUGAUCUUCACCGUCGGGACGUCCAGCACAACAGGGGAGAGCAACACCGUGGUGUGGAACGAAAUCCACCACAAGACGGAGAAGAGCUCCAACGCUUCAGGCCACGGCUACCCGGACCCCAACUACUUGGACAACGUGUUGGCUGAGCUUGCGGCUCAGGGCGUCACAGAGGACUGCUUGAGAUCCUGAACGCGCCCCCAGCCCCGAUUUUGGAAGUAGCCAGCAACAGACGCCAGAGCCUGUGCUCUGCCGGACCAAGGGUGCUUAUUCAAGGGUGCCAGCCGUCACCCCCUUUGCCUUAAGCAUUGUUUGCCCUUUUCUGAGCAAUAACACGGUCUCUGGGAUCGUCCCGCCUGGUUGUGGAGAAGGAGGUCUAUAUGUACAUAUACGUACACCUAUAAAAAUCUUUCCCCCCCUAACUUUUUAAGGGCUUCUGAUUCUAACCCACCUCGAAUGUACACGGUAAAGCAUCCUUCCUCCUUUUCGAGGGCAGCAUAGAAGGACGCGACGGCUUAGAUCCCUCCUCCUUGUAUCCUUCCAUUGUACGGUUGCUGUUACCCGAAGUGCCCAGGAGUGGGAAGGAGGGCGGUUUUUCUGUAUUUGUCCCCCACCCACUGGUAUAUUCCACAAUCCAGGCACUGCUGAUGCACUUUGAGAGUAACUAUCCUCUUCUUGUAGGGGAAAAAAGGAUUUCUACCUGCCCGUGUGUUUAUGAACUUAAUAAAAAGUUCGGUUCAGCUGAA